UAUUAUCGUCAAAAAAUUUUUGCUUAGUCAAAAAACUUGAAAAUGUAAUACAAUGUUCCUCAUAAGGUUUUAUUAUAGCUAUUUAUAAAUAUUAAAGGUACAUUGGCACGAUUUUUUAAUAAAAAUAUUUUUAAUAAUGAGGCCCCUUUAUGGGCGCAACUUGGGACAUUUUUCUGGGGGGUGUGGCUAGAAUUCUAUCAGCAUUCAGCACUAAUUCCCCCUUCAUUAAAAGUAUAUAUUAUUAUAUACAUAAUUUACCUCUCCCAAUUCCUGGGCUUAUUAAUUAUACGCUAUUUUGAAUUGUUAUAACUUACAGUUGUUUAUUGAUAGCCUGAACUUUGAACUGUUAUUUUUCCGAAUCGUUGACUUUAUUAUGUGUAAUUUAUUAUUGUUGUUGUCUUUUAUCUUUAUAGCUAUUUGUAUAUUUACGUAACUAGUACCGCAGUACCUAACGGUUUCGUGUAUCUCCGUUUCUUCUUAUUCAUAUGCAUAUUAUACAAUGCGUCGAUGUAUGAACUGCAAUAGUUAUAGACUAUAGUAUAGUAGUAUAAAAUUAUUAUUUUUUGGGUUUUUUUUUUUGUACCUAUAUAUUAUACAUAAAUAUUAACAUAUUUAUCAUCGUCCGUCAGAUAGAAAUCAAAAAUGUUCAUCAACAAGUAUUUGAGCAAGUUCGUGUUCCAGUCUGUCAAUCUAUUUUGUUUUAUAUUUGGCGUCGGUAUUUUGUGUAUCGCGUACUUCAUGGACAGAAAGUUGUACAAAUGGUCAGAGUUUGUUGAUUCGGAACUGACCACAGUGCCUCAAGUACUGUCGACUGUCGGUCUGGUAUUACUAGUCAUUGCCGUCUUCUGUAUGUGUGGUACCCUCAAGAACAUCAAAUAUCGAUUAAUUAUGGUAUCUGUACUACUCGCAAUCCUUUUGAUCGGAGAAUAUAUGUUGGGCAGUGUUGUUUAUCAUAUGAGCAGUGACAUGGAACAAUAUGCAUUGGAACGAAUGAAAUACACGAUCAGAAUGUACAAUAAAACCGGACAUGAAGCUACUAGACAGUCCUGGAAUACAUUACAAUCUAAUAUCGAAUGUUGUGGAAUUGACGGACCGAAAGAUUGGAAGCCGGUUACGAGCAGCGGUGAACUGCCUGCGUCUUGUUGUUACGCCGUCCAAAUCGAUCAGUCUUGCACGGAAAUCAAUUCGUACACAAUCGGCUGUUUUGAAAAGUUCAAGACCAAUCUUCAACAAAAUAACCGAAUAAUAUUUUGGUCUGCUGUAGGAUUCGCUUUGGUUCAGAUAUUUGCUGUAUUUUUAGCAUUUUAUUGCAAGUGUUCUAUUGUCCACGAAGAGUAUGAGAAAAUAUAAUGAUUGUUAUUGAAGUUCGUGCAAUAUUGAAAAAAAUUACCUAUUGUACUAUUUUCUCUAUCGUCUCAUUUAGCAAUAAUUAAUCAUUUAUACGGAAUAAGGCAUAUAUUAUAUUAUAUUAUAUCAUAUUAUUUAUAAUUUUAUACUUGUAUAACUGUUGUAUCGUUAAAUAAAUAAAUCUACAAUCACGUCUUGUAAAAUGUUAUAAUUUUUCGAUUCAUACAUUUAUUAUGAGGUUUGUGUGGGUAGAGAUAUACUACAAAUAAACUUACAUUUUUCUUAUACAUUUAUUCCGAAAAGGUGAAGGGCGCUUUAAAUUUUUCGCAUUGGGGCCGAAUUUUUAUACUUGCGCCACUGUAAGACUGUAAGAGACAAUUUGAAUCUUCGUCAAGACACUAAUGCGUUCAUAGACGAUUACGAUUUACGAGGUCAAGAUGAUUUCAGAAUGUUUGGUGUAUGAAAGAGAAUGAUGAAUUUAUGAAAAAGAGAUAUAAUUAUUUUAUAUAAGGUUAGAUUAGGAUACUGGCUUGGCGAAGGGGAUAAUCCCCUAUAGGCUAUAAUUGGUGUGAAUUUUACAUAUAGAAAUAAAUUUAGACACUGUUAUUAAUAUUAUAUUAUAAUCACAUGAUUUGUAUCAUAGGCAAUAUUUUUAUUAU